AUGUUCUCGAGAACGGUGUUGUCGUCGUGCAAACGCGCACCCAAAGCAUGUCUCCUUCGUGGUCUUGCAACAGAAGCGUCUGCAGCUUCUGCAGCACCUGAGGUCGCGCAAGUAGAUGUCGCGUUGUCAAAGAAGGCUGUACAGCCCAUCCUACACACCGGAAUAAUCCUGAACCGAUCUCCCAUCAUCACCCGUACACCAACGGCUUUUGAGAAAGCCUACUACGCAUACCAAGCCCGCAUUCACCGCGCGCUGCACAACCCGUUUCCUUAUGACUUUUACUUCAAACAGGGAGCGCCUCUAGAGGCGCGGUUCAACAUAGAAGAGCGAAGACGCGAACGCAAGGCGUUUGGUGCGCCUUUUGGCGUGCAGACGGGGGAGACGAGCGAGGCUGAAAAGCUUGCCGAGGCUACUAUGCGCGACGAAGAAGAGGCCAUGCCGCGUGUUCAUGAAGCUGACAUUAACUCGGACUUCAAAAAUCUGCAUAGACGCGGACAGCGAAACCUAUACCUAUUGUUACAAAAGCAGGAGAAUGGAAUGGCCGUGUGGAGGUUUCCUCAGGGAGGUGUGGACAAAGGAGAGCUUUUACACCAUGCGGCAACCCGUGGACUCGAAGUCGAGUGUGGAAACAACAUGGAUACUUGGAUAGUCAGUCGCAACCCAAUAGGAGUCUUCCACCCUCCAUCACCGGCCAGUACAGACAGUGCUGAGAAGGAUGUGGUCUUCUUCUACAAAGCGCAUAUCAUGGCUGGUCAGGUUCGCCCAAACCGGACGCGUGCACAAGACUUUGCUUGGUUAACCAAGGGCGAGAUAAAGACUCGGGUGGAUGAGAACUACUGGUUAGGCAUCAAAGACAUGCUGUCGGAUUUCUAA